AUGCCUACCCUCGACCCGAGCCUGUAUACCAUUGCAUGGAUCGCCCCGCUUGAGAUCGAAGUACAGGCCGCCCUACAUGUGUUGGAUAAAUUUCAUGCAGGAGGAUUCCCGGUUGGACCUGGAGACGACUAUGUGUUCCACGCGGGUGAGAUCUGUGGACAUAAUGUCGUCAUUGCCACGUUCGCCGCCGUCCAACCAUAUGGUACAAACUCUGCAACAUCCCUUGCAAGUCACGUACGGAAAUUUUUCCCGAACUUAUGGUUUGGGUUACUUGUGGGUGUUGCUGCCGGCCUUCCGAAUCCCACAUGUUUUCCGCCGCGUGAUAUCCGACUUGGUGAUGUCCUUGUAGCGCUUCCAGUCGGAGAGAGCCCAGCCAUAGUACCUUAUGAGUUGGGAAAACAUAGAGGAGGCAUCGGUUUCGAGCUGCUGCGCAGCGGGCAUUCUUUGCCUCAGACAGAACGAAUCGUGGGGUCUGCGAUUGGUAAGAUUAAGGCAGCAAAGCGAGAUACGGAGGCAGUAUUAGGCUACUACAGGACGAUAGCACACACUGCAACACAAUUUCCAGAUCCCGGGCAAGAAAAUGAUACUCUCUAUUUAUCUGGUGACAAUACACCAGUCCCGCGAGAACGCCGCCUAGAUACUGAACGGAUACGUGUGUGGUACGGCUCUCUCGGGUCUGGAGAUAAGCUACUGAAAAGCAGCCGAGAUCGAGAUGAACUGCGGGACAGAUAUAAUGUGAUUGGCCUAGAAAUGGAGGCAGCAGGGGUCAUGAACGAAAUACCAGUCGGUAACAUUCGUGGUGUUUGCGAUUAUGGCGACGAACAAAAGAACAAGGUCUGGCAGCCCUAUGCUGCUGUAAUGGCGGCAGCCUUUGCAAAAGCAGUAUUAUCAGAGAUACCGCCAAAAUCCGCAAUACCAAUGGUUCCAAAAAUCGUCUUUACCGAUGAGGAUAAAGCCUGCCUACGAGACCUGCUGGUCACUAACCCGGAAGAUGAGCGACAGCGCAUUGAGGACACAAAGGGUGGUUUACUGAACGACUCCUUUCGCUGGGUUUUGGAUAAGGCUGAAUUUCAGAAAUGGCAUUGCAACCCACAGAGCCAGUUGCUUUGGAUUAAGGGAGAUGCUGGCAAAGGCAAGACUAUGCUUAUGAUUGGGAUCAUCAAAGAACUGUUACGGCAAAAACAGUUCCAAUCAUCCCAAUCAAUAGCCUACUUUCUAUGCCAGGCAACUGACCCUAAACUAAACAACGCCACCGGUGCUCUCCGGGGUUUGAUCUACAUGAUGAUUGUCCAACAGCCACAUCUAAUUGGGAAUCUGCGGCAAAGAUAUGAGCAUGAGCCCACGCUGUUUGAAAGCGGAAACCUUUUCUAUUCUUUGUCAACAGUCUUCGAAAACAUGAUUCACAAUUCAGGACAUGCCACCAUGUUCCUGCUCAUUGACGCUCUUGAUGAGUGUGAGGUGGACCUACAGCGUUUAAUAAUGCUUAUUACAAAAGUCCGGCCUAACUCACCGGUUAAUAUGAAAUGGAUAGUCUCCAGCCGCAAUCGUGAGGAUAUUGAGCAACUAAUGAAACUCGACGAUGAGGAAGGCAAGCUUAGCCUGGAGCUGAAUGCACGUUAUGUGUCCGAUGCUGUUGCGGCAUAUAUCCAUGACAGAACGUCCCGUCUAAAAGUCCUCCAUCGCAACAAAGAGCUGUUAGAGAAAGUUAAGGACCAGUUACUUCGAAAGUCCGAUGGUACAUUCUUGUGGGUAGCUUUGGUGGUCCAAGAUUUGCAGGAAAAAAGCAACCCAAAAAAGAUACUUAAGGCGCUGGAAGAAAUACCACAGGGCCUGACGCCACUGUAUGACCGUAUGGUUGGGCAGUUACUUAAACUCGACGACGAUUGUGACUUAUGUAUCUUGAUCCUUGCAAUUAUGACACUGGCGUACCGUCCACUUCACCUGAAGGAACUGUGCCGUUUAAGCGGGUUACAUGAGCAAGAAUAUGGCCUUACCCAUUUAGAGACUGCGGUGAUCAGAUGUGCGUCAUUCCUGACUAUCCGCAAUGGAAGCGUCUAUUUCAUACAUCAAUCUGCCAGACAUUAUCUUUUUAAUGCCCGUGGAUCUACAGCAAUCUUCCCGGCUGGACAUUCUGCAAUCCAUCAUCGAAUGUUUCACGAGUCACUGCAAGUCCUUGCAACCAAAUUAAGGCGCAACAUUUACGGUCUAAGUCUCGAAAAACCCGACAUCUUUGCCUCCGAGAUAGCAACCUGCAGACCAGAUCCUGAUCCACUCUUCGACCUCCGAUACAGUUGCACGUAUUGGUUGGAUCAUUACCUUGCAGCCAAUUCUAAAUCCUACGAUGGAAUUAAGCCACUAGAAAAUCAAGAAAUAUCUCAAUUUUUCCGAAAGCAUCUCCUUCACUGGUUAGAAAGCCUUGGACUUAUCGGCGAGGUCCGACAUGCCAUUUUAUCCCUUAGAAGAUUUGCCCGCCGACACCAGGACAUCCUUGUUGAUGAAGCUGAGAGAUUUGCUACGAGUAAUGGAUUUAUUAUACAAGAAGCACCUUUGCAAACUUACGGGGCUGCGCUUGCUUUUUGCCCUCAGAAUUGUGAGAGCAAGAAUCUGUACUGGGGUGAGCGGUUGGAAUUUCUGGAGCACGUAUCUAUGAUGCGAAAGUCAUGGGAUCCAUGUAUACAAGUUCUAGAAGGCCAUACAGGCGGGGUCAACGCAGUGGCCUUCUCGCCUGACAGCCAGACGGUAGUAUCGGCCUCAGACGAUAAGACGGUGCGUCUCUGGGAUACGGCCACGGGCGUGGAACGCCACAGCCUACAAGGCCAUACAGGCGGGGUCAAUGCAGUGGCCUUCUCGCCCGACGGCCAGACGGUAGUAUCGGCCUCAGACGAUAAGACAGUGCGUCUCUGGGAUACGGCCACGGGCGUGGAACGCCACAGCCUACAAGGCCAUACAGGCGGGGUCAAUGCAGUGGCCUUCUCGCCCGACGGCCAGACGGUAGUAUCGGCCUCAGACGAUAAGACAGUGCGUCUCUGGGAUACGGCCACGGGAGUGGAACGCCACAGCCUACAAGGCUAUACAGACUGGAUUAGUAUAGUGGCCUUCUCGCCCGACGGCCAGACGGUGGCAUCGACCUCAGAGGAUCAGACGGUGCGACUCUGGGAUACGGCCACGGGAGUGGAACGCCACAGCCUGCAAGGCCAUACACACUGGAUUAUGAUAAUAGCCUUCUCGCCCGACGGCCAGACGAUGGUAUCGGCCUCACGCGAUCAGACGGUGCGACUCUGGGAUACAACCACGGGCGUGGAACGCCAUAGUCUGGAAGGCCAUACAGGCUGGAUCAGUGCAGUAGCCUUCUCGCCCGACGGCCAGACGGUGGUAUCGGCCUCAAGCGAUGAGACGGUGCGACUCUGGGAUACGGCCACGGGCGUGGAACGUCACAGCCUGCAAGGCCAUACAGACUGGAUCAGUGCAGUAGCCUUCUCGCCCGACGGCCAGACGAUGGCAUCAGCCUCACACGAUCAGACGGUGCGACUCUGGGAUACGGCCACGGGCGUGGAACGCCACAGCCUACAAGGCCAUACAGGCUGGGUCAGUGCAGUAGCCUUCUCGCCCGACGGCCAGUCAGUGGCAUCGGCCUCAAGCGAUGAGACAGUGCGACUUUGGGAUACGGCCACGGACGUGGAACGCCACAGCCUACAAGGCCAUACAGGCUGGGUCAGUGCAGUAGCCUUCUCGCCCGACGGCCAGUCAGUGGCAUCAGCCUCAGACGAUCAGACAGUGCGACUUUGGGAUACGGCCACGGGCAUGGAACGCCACAGCCUACAAGGUCAUAGAGACUGGGUCAAUGCAGUGGCCUUCUCGCCCGAUGGCCAGACGGUGGUAUCAGCCUCAGACGAUCAGACAGUGCGACUUUGGGAUACGGCCACGGGCAUGGAACGCCACAGCCUGCAAGGCCAUACAGAGCGGGUUAAUGCAGUGGCCUUCUCGCCCGACGGCCAGAUGGUGGUAUCGGCCUCACGCGAUCAGACGGUGCGACUCUGGGAUGCGGCCACGGGCGUGGAACGCCAUAGCCUGCAAGGCCAUAGACGUUGGGUCAGUGCAGUGGCCUUCUCGCCCGACGGCCAGAUGGUGGCAUCGGCCUCAGGCGAUGAGACGGUGCGACUCUGGGAUGCGGCCACGGGCGUGGAACGCCAAAGACACGAGAUCAACAAUCAAGUUCCUCUGUUGAGCACUCAGGCGCCAAAAUCUUUAUAG